AUGUGCAUAGGAGGUAGUGGCUUCAUCGCAAGCCACAUCCUGAACACAUUGCUGGAACAUGGGCAAGUCACAUACCACGCACUAAAUAUACAACCAGUUCCUGAUCCUAACGUGAACUUCAGCUUCGGGGUAGUCUUCACCGUCCGAUCUGAAUCUAAGGGCCGUAGAAUCAUCGAUGUUUACCCGGACACCCCGUCAGAGAAGCUGUCUUUCGUCGUAGUGGAGGAUAUUGCGGAAGAGGGGGCCUUUGAUGAGUUGAGCGACUUUUUGAAGGCCGUGAAAUCCGACCCUCCCUUCAACUUCGUCAUCCACACCGCUUCCCCUUACCAUUUCAACAUUCAAGAUUCCGUCAAGGAUUUCCUGGAGCCCGCCAUUAACGGCACGACGGGUAUCAUCAAAGCUGUCAUGGCUUAUGCACCGACUGUCAAGCGUGUGGUCCUCACCUCGUCAUUUGCCACCAUCGUCAAUCCGUGGAACCAUGCCAAGGUGUACGACGAGACCAUGUGGGGCCCGGUGACGCGGGAGCAGGCGAUGGACCCGACAGGAGCGUAUCGUGGGAGUAAGAUCUUGGCCGAAAAGACCGCGUGGGAACUCAUCGAAACACAAAAACCGCAGUUUGAUUUGGUAACGAUCCACCCCCCAAUGGUCUACGGCCCUGUACCCAGCUUCCUUAAUGGCCUCGACUCGCUCAAUACUUCCAACCAUCGAAUCCGGGCGAUGAUCCAGGGCGAGACCAAAAACACCGGUUUGCCGCCUACGGCGGUCUAUCUGUUCACGGAUGUGCGAGAUGUAGCUUUAGCGCAUGUGCGUGCGCUGGAGGUCCCACAGGCUGGCGGUCAGCGGUACUUCGUUGUGGGGGGCCAUUACUCGAACAAGAUGAUUGCGGAUACCAUUCGACGAUCGUAUCCACAGCUUGCAGAGAGGUUGCCGGCGGUCGAGGAUACGGAGGAUGACACCCCGCCGAAUGUUUAUGGGUAUGACAAUCGUAAGUCGCGAGAGGUACUCGGGUUGACGUAUGGGUCGAUCGAGGAGUGCGUGAAGGAUACGGUGGCAUCGAUGUUGGCCUUGGAAGCUGGUCAGGGUUCGACGAGCAAUUGA